AUCCAUUUUUAAGACAACAAAACCUCACUCACUCACAAAUCUCUCUCUCUCUCUCUCUCUCUCUCUCUUUCUCUCUCAAACACACACAUACCAACCACACACACACUCUCUCUCCCAAAGCCAUCUCAGAGAGAGAGAGAGAGAGAGAGUGAUCGAUGAUGUCUUCCUCCGGCGCCGGCAGGUACAUGGCUUUCCCGCCGUCACCAUCACAGUCACUUCCUCAUCUCUCCGGUCUUCGUUCACCUGCUUCAUCUGUCAUCUCUGAACAUGAUCAAUAUCUAAGUGAGUUAUUGGGAGAGCGUCAGAAGAUUAGUCCCUUCAUGGCCGUGCUUCCUCACUGCUAUCGAUUGCUAAACCAAGAAAUUUUGCGUGUUACGACAAUCUUGGGGAAUGCAUCAGUUUUAGGUCAAAGUGGGCUUGAACAUGGUAGCCCCCUGGCUGCAGGAGGAAUGUUUUCGAAGGGAGGUCUUGAUCCAAAUGGAUGGGUAUCACGAUUUCAAUCAGAAAUGCCAAGUCUGAUACAGUCCUCACCAACACCAAGCUGGCUGAGUCCACAAGGUAGCUCGUCUGGUCUUCUUGUCAAAAAGACAAUCAGAGUGGAUAUACCCGUGGAUUCAUUUCCUAAUUUUAACUUUGUUGGUCGCCUCCUAGGCCCGAGAGGAAACUCUCUAAAGCGUGUAGAAGCAAACACCGAGUGCCGUGUCUUGAUCAGGGGUCGCGGUAGCAUUAAAGAUACAGCCAGGGAGGAAAUGAUGAGAGGGAAGCCUGGCUAUGAGCAUUUGAAUGAACCUCUCCAUAUUCUGGUUGAGGCAGAAUUACCAGCUGAAAUAAUAGAUGCUCGCCUGAUGCAGGCGCGUGAAAUACUCGAAGAUUUGCUCAGGCCUGUGGAAGAAUCCCAUGAUUUCUACAAGAAGCAGCAGCUUCGUGAACUUGCAAUGAUCAAUGGCACUCUUCGCGAGGAGGGUUCCCCCAUGUCUGGUUCUGUUUCGCCCUUCCACAACAGCCUUGGUAUGAAAAGGGCCAAAACAAGGGGCUAAAUUCCCUUUAAGGGGCGAGUGAGAGGAUUUUGGAGAUUGUGUUAAUUUUCUACAAAAGCAUUUACCAUUGUCACAGGUGAUGCUGUCAACAAAUGCCCUAAACUGCGAUCGAGGCACUGGCACCAUAGGGUCAGUUUUAUGUGCAGUGUGUUUACAUUCAGGUUUAAAGAUGGUAGCACAUAGUACAGUAUAAUGGUCCGCUUGAGUUUGGUGAAUUUGUUUUUUUUUUUGUUGGUUAGGCUGUUUGGUUACAUGUUUCUGUCUAUAUUAUUAUGAUUUUAUCAUUAUAUAUUUCAGUUUGCAUUUGACAGUUUUGAUAUGGUUUUGCAAUAUAAUGUAUGGUUUGUACCCGCAUUGUA